AUGGCUCCCACGCCACCGACAUACGACCCGACUGGGAUCGAAUUCUAUGAGAUACCCGACUUCACAUUCUCCAACGGCACAACGCUCCACGACGUCCGCGUCGCGUACCGGAGCUACAACGCAUCAUCGGACGCCGGAGUCGUCCUGAUCCCCACAUGCUACGGAGGGUUCAUCAACACGACGCUCACAUUCACCAAGGGCCCGAACAACGCAUUGGCAAAAUACCAUGUCGUGGUGGUCGCGAUGCUCGGCAACGGCGAAAGCUCCAGCCCGUCGAACAAAGCAUUCUUCCCGGACCCGGGAGAGCUGCGAUACCCGGACGUCGUGCGGGCACAGCACCAGCUCCUGACGAAGCACCUGGGCAUCACGUCUCUCGAGGCGGUCAUCGGCUUCUCCAUGGGCGGGCAGCAAGCGUACCACUGGGCCGUGAUGUACCCGGAGUUCACGAAGCGGAUUGUGGCCAUCUGCUCGUCGGCGCGCACCAGUCUGCAUAACUACGCGUUCCUCGAAGGGCCCGUGACCGCGCUGACCAGCUCGAUCGACUAUGUGGCGUGGCGGGCGAUGAAGGAGAAGAAAGCCCGCGGCGAGCCCGUCGGCGCCAAUCUCCAGGACGUCGUGCCGAAGCGCGGCCUGCGUGCGUUUGCGCGGGCGUAUGCCGCGUGGUUGACGAGUGCGCGGUGGUUCCGUGAUCGCGAGUUUGCGAGUCCUGCGCUGGGAGAGAACGCGGUUAAGAGUGUCGAGGAUUGGAUGUUGCUGAGGGAGGCGGGGUACAUGCUUUGGGAUGCGGAGGAUUUGUUGGCCCUGGCGCGCAUGUGGCAGAUGGGUGAUGUUGGGAGUGUGGUUGGAUUCAAGAGUGAAGAUGGGACAGACAAGGAAAAGAAAGAGGGAAUGGGAGGACAGCUGACACAGCUGGGCGGCGCUGUUCCCGACGACGACCUCUACGUCAAAGCUCUGCAGAGUAUCAAGGCUCGUGUCCUGCUCAUGCCGUGUCGGACGGACCAGUACUUCCCGCCCGAAGAUUCCGAGAUCGAGAUGAAAUAUCUGAAGGAUCCCAGACUCGCCGUGAUCGAGAGCUCGUGGGGCCAUAUUGCUGGCGGAGGGGCGAAUCCCAAAGAUAUCGAGUUCAUGAAUGGGCAAAUCGCCAAGUUCAUGCAGGAAUAA